AUGUAAGACAAAUAAAUUAUUCAGCUUUUCGAAAAAUACUCUAAACUUAAUGAUCCAAAAUUAGUGUUCUAGACAAGUGAAUAAAUUUUAGAAAGAGUAAAAGAGGAUGAUAUAACCUUCGUAUUAUCCAAAAUCAUGAAUUGUUUGCAAUCAACAGAAUAUGACACUACUAUCAAUUACGCCUUACUAUUGAAGCAACUAAUUUAGAAGUACUCAUCUAAACAGCAAAAAUUACAACCUAAAGCCAUAUUUGAUCAGCUAUAAUAAACUUUGAGCAAAAAGAACUCAUAUGGUAAAAGUGAGUUUAAGCAUUUUAUGCUAACCAAAUAUUUUGUCUAUUCUUACCUAGAUUUUUAGAACUUAUUAAAUAUUAUACUUGAAGAUAGAAAAACUGAAGAUUCAGAAUACUUAACCUAUGUCUUAUUGAAGCAUCUUAAACCUGAAAAUGUCAAAUAAGUUAGCAAUUCAAUAAAAAAUGAUCUUUAAAAUUUAACACCAAGAGUUUUUUGUAUUUUAGUCAAACUCCAAUAAUUGAGUCAAAAAGGAUAAUUCCAAUGGGAUAAAUAUCUUUAGGAAUAAAUUUUUGAUAGAUAGAAAUUCCACAAACUCUUAUAAUAGGCCAAUGAUCUAUUUCCAAAGAAACAGCUUUUCUAUUAAUACCUAGCUAUCUAUAUGGGAAAAUUUAGCCAAUCUUCAGAAAACUCAAAAAUUUUUGCUGAGUUCUGGGAAUACCUUUUCCAGCAAGAAGACUUGAGAAAGUUAAACUACAUCAUUUUAUCAGUUUUUAAAUAUUUCCUAAAAUCGACUUCUGUUCCACUAUCACUAAUGAGAAAUUAAUAAUUAGUUGAAUUAUGGUACAGGUAAUUUGGAAAUUCUAAUUCUGUUAUGAAAAGAUUAGCAAAUAAGAUUGAAUAAUACUUGACCUAAAGAGAGAUCACUUUUGAAGAUAUAGUUUACCUGAGAAAUAUCUAUGGCUAUCGAAUUCACCCUAAGAAUGGAAUUGCAUAAAAAAUAUUAGCAAAGUUCACAGAAGAGGAAAUAGAUCAAUAUUUCGAGAACAUGAAAUAACAAGAACAGUCUUCCACUGAUCCAAUCAAUAAACUCUACUAUUUAAAUGAAAUCUAUGUUCUUGCCACCGUAGGUAAUACAAACAUUAAAGUCUUAACAUCUAUGAUAAAGUAUAUUUAUGAAAUUGGUUGCCAAAAUUUUGAAUAGAUUUAUGAGCAAUUGGAUGAAGAGUCUAAGGAAGCAUACUAAUUUGAAGAGAUAAAGAAAAAGUUCUUGGAUUAAUGUUAGAGCUUCUUUUACUCACUUGUUGGAAAAGUAGCUGCUAAUGUGUAAGAAUUUGAUGAGUUGACGAAAUCCUUAUUGAAAUAACUUAAAAAAUCAGAAUUAAUUAAAUAGUAUAAAUUGAUUACAGGCAAAUAACCUAAAGAGUGUAUCAAGCAUUUAGUAAAUUCAAUCCUUAUGUUUUCACUUCUCAAUUAAGAAGAAGGAUUAUAAAUCUUGGAAGAGUUUCAACACAUUGCAGGUGACAUUUAAGAUGAAGAACCAUAAAUAAAAAAAAAGGUAAAGACUAAUCCAGAGAAGGCAAAAGUUGUCUUAACUGAAGUUUUUAUUUAAUUGUUAACUAAAUCUCCAUAAUUCUUGAGAGAUGCUGUUAAUUAGUGCUGCAAAUCACUUGAAUUUACAACAGAAUGUUUAGAGAUUUUAUUAGAUAGAUGCAACAAUAAGAGUUAGAUGAGUGAGGAAGGUGGAGAUGAAAGCUUAGAGGAAGAAGAAGAGGAAAAUUAAUGA